AUGGCGUCGCGGGGGGGAGGUCGGACUCGGAACCGGAGUCCUCCUGGUACGGCCGGGAGCAGGGUGCGGCUCAGCAGCGGCUGGGCCGGGCCAGGCCGGGCCUGCGGCCUCGGUUGGGCCGCGGUUGAAGCGCCUGAGCCUGAGCCUGAGCCUGAGCUUGUUUCAUAUAUUCUGCAAGGAGAGGACAUCCAGGCACUUGAAAUUAAGGCGGAGGACCUGGAGAAACUUCAUGCUCCACGCCUUGCCCGUGAUGCUGGGAGAAUUCCAGUUCGGAAGAAUUACCUUGUCCGAAAAUACCGACCCAAGGAGGUGGCACAUCUUGUAGCACAUCCUGUUCCCCCCAAGGCACCCAGGGGACCACUGACUUUUCCUGGAUCAAGACAGUUUGAUGAUGGCUGUGAAGAGAUCCUCCCUCAUCACAUUUUGGGGAGUCUCCAGGAGUUAAGGAUGGAAGCCUUGGUGAAAAGAAACACUCAGCUAGCAGAUGCUAUUAAGGUUCCUCAUACAGAUGUUACUGCAGCAGCUUUAGAAGAGGAACAUGGAGGAGAGGAGAAAGCAAAGGCACAUCAGGCCCAACUAGCAGAGCACAAAGCUUUCCAGAACUGGAGCCAUCAUAUGGCAAUGAGGAAAAAGCAGGAAAAACACCUAGGAGAAAUUCUUCACAAGCCAGAGAAUGAAUUGCUGAUGAACAUGUCAGACAAUUACAGGCAAAUCCAGGAAGAACGUGACCUCAUUGACCGGAGUCUCCCUGCCCUGUUUCCUGGAAAGGGAUACCGAGUGGGAAGCGAGUUCUGGAGCCUUCCUGAGCAAAUUGGGGAUGAACGCACCGGGCUGACUCUGACCCUGACCCGGACAGAAUGUGGGCACCCAGAACCACUCACUCAUGUGGGGAAACCCCGAACUGUCCAGAGGGAAACAGGUCUGAAGCCUCCAAAGAAGAUUCCUUGCCACCUAAACUGGGAUAAGAGUCUUUACCUGAAACAUCGACGACAGGAGCUAAAAUCUCUCCUAGAGGAGCUGGGCUUUUAUAAGCCGGAUCUGGAAGGACUGGAGGUGAUUGGGAAAGGGCAGCCUUUCACAUCUGUCUCAACUAAGGCUUUUCUACAUACCACCAUUUCUGAAGAGAUUGAGAUCCUCAGUGACCCCUUAGGUGACUCCUUCACCGAGGUUCCAGAAGCUGAAAAGGUUCCAUCUUUAGUUUUCUGUGGCGAGCCUGCUCGUUGGAUCAAGGGCAUCACUGCUUGCAGGAAGGAAAUUGGUAUUGCUGCCCGCCUCACCUUUGAGAGUCUGGCUAGUGAGAAGGCUGAAAGCUUCCUGACAGUGACCAAUGAUGGCAGAGCUUCCAUUUGGUACAACUGGAUGAGGCUUCCCCAGCAGAUCCCCUCCAGAGAAACCAAUGGGAGGAGAGUGCCCUGCUUUUACUUUGAUACCAGACCAGGUGUAAUUUUGCCUGGAGAAACUCUGAGGUUUUCUUUUAUUUUCAAGUCAGAGAGAGCAGGCAUUUUCAGCGAGCCCUGGGAAUUUAGGACACAUCCCCUGUUAUUAGGAGGAGCUCUGCUUCAGGUGACCCUUUGGGGAAUUGCUGUCUAUGAGGAUAAAUUGGCUGACUUCAGAGAGAAAUUGGAGAGUGAGCUGGCUGCUCGAGAAGGUGCUUCUAUAGUGAAAGAAAGCCUGAAUGAACUUCUUAAGCCAAUUCGGACACCCGAGCGUACCCCAUCUCCUGUGGAUGCCUGUGUCACAGAGGAAGAGCUGUUCCACAGGAAAAAUCCCAAGUUGCAUUAUCAGCAUCAAGUGGUAAAGCAGCUGCAUAAACUAUGGAGACAGCACCUGACUGUGCCUUCAGUCUUGGAGGAGGAAGUGCCCUUGGACCAGAGGAACACUGCAGAGGACAUGGAGUAUCAGGAGAGCACCUUGGAGCCUCCCUCUGUCCGGAGCAGCACCACUGAGCUCCCAUGUGGGAAGCACACAUUAGAGGAUGCUCCAAGGGAAAAGAGCACUGAGGAGGAAGAAGCAGGUCCUUCAGGAUGGAACCUUUCCCUCGAGGACUUUAAACAGGCUAUAAUGUCAAUCUCCGGGGAGGAGCAGCAGGAAGAAGCACUGACCCAGCUCAAUAAGGCAGCUCUGGAGCUUUGUGUUGAACAGAGGCCAACUCAGUUAGACCUUCUGUAUCCACUCUGCCUCCAGCUGUGGCGUGGAGCAAUUGAUGACUUGGUGAGUCAUUCUCUGAGGCUGAGAUCCGUGCUUGGUUUGAUGAAGAAGGACAUCUAUGCAGAAGCUGUUCCAGAGGAAACAGGUAAAUGGUUUUACCACGGCAACUGCUUUCUGUGGGCUGUUGGAAAUGCAAAAAACAUGAUGAAUUUGAACUGAAAUGUCAAUUUCAACAUGUCUCCCUGAGGAAGAAGCAUCAUGAAAAUAACUGGCAGAUUGUAUGACAGUAACAAUGCUAAUUGGGAUCUGUGGUUUGGCAUCAGGAAAAAAACAUCCCCACAAAAAAAAAGCCUUUUGAUUCAGCUAGGUCUAGCCAUGGUUUUCAUACAGACUGA